AUGAGGAGGCCAACGGCGACGACGACGACGACGAGGACGACGAUCGGGAAACAGGAUAUCCUCCCGCGUGGCUACAAAGAGGUGCUCUUCCCCAAUCCGGGUCCCGAUCACUUCGGGGCGAAGGGCGGCGACGGCGGCGAGGAGUGCGACGGGCGCUACGGGCUGCACAUCUGGCCCAGGGGCGAGCACAUGCUGAUGGCGCUUGCCAACCGGGACGGCUCCUUUACUGGCACCAUCUAUCUGGAUAACGAGGGCGAAGGGGAGUCCUUCGCUGCCAUGGACGACACGGAGGAGGGCAGGAAACGGUGCGAGUCGUUUUGCAGCAGGCACUACCCGCACGCCGUGCCGCUGGUGGGGGGCAUGGAGUCCAUGGUGCGCCAGAUCACCACCAACCCCACCGGCAUCCUGGGCACCGUGAGGACCUCGGGAGGGUGCAACUGCGGCUUCGAGGACACGCUGUGGCUGAGCAGGUUCCUGGAUCAGUUCUGCUGCGAGGGCGGCAGGGUGGCCCCAGGGAAGUGCACACCGGAGAACUUCGAGGCUUGCUUCGCGGCGCUGGAGGAGGAGCGCAAACCGAGCGCGAAUGCCAUAUGCGACAUGGCUCUGGAGAACUUCGUCGAGAUGCGCGACAAGACGGGGGACGUCAAGUUCCAAGCGAUGAAGAAGGUGGAGAACUUGCUCGAAAACAAGUUUUCCAGCAAAUUCCGCAGCCGCUAUGCCAUGGUUUGCUAUGGGGGGGAGGGGAAUGUGUCCUACGCCAACGCCAAGAAGCUCGGCGAGAUUCAGAUGGACAUGCUCGAGAGCCUCUGCAGCUCCCUCUCGGACCAGUCUCCUGUGCAGGAUCAGCCUCGCUUCACGUGUCCUCCUGCCCUUAGCCCCUCCCUUCUCCUCUCCCUCCACUCUCCUCCUGCUCCCUCCUCCUUCCCCUCCUAA